UUUUUUCUUUCUUUCUAUCCUUCUUCUUUUUUCUUCUCCUCCCUUCUCUGUUCCUCCUCGUUUCUUCCAUUAUUUAAAUGCUGCUAGAUUAAUUGUAUUAUGUUUAUAAUUACAUUAUAUUCAUUUAAUUUUAAGUUUGUAUCUUCUCAAUUUCCUCUUUUUUUUCUCUUCCAUUCUUUCUCUUUAUUUGAUUAAACACUAAUUUGUGUUAUUAAUUAAUUUAAUUGCGAUUCUAACUUUUUUUUAAUUUUGUUUUCUAGGAAACAUUGUUGGGAGAGACAAUGGUACAACACAGAUAAAGAACCGUGGAUGGGCAUGGAGCUUGCUCUUGUCUGUCACGCUCUCAAAUACAAUUUUGUCCAAAGCCUGACAAGUUCGCCGCAGGGAAAGGAGAGAUUGGAUUGGAUUGCCGCGGCUCAUCACUGCCACUGUCGCUGCCCACUGCCUGCCACUGCUCACUGCCACUGCCAUUGUCAUUGCUCACUGCUCAGUCAUUUGCUGCUGCUCACUACUGAGGGGCUUGUUGGAGUUGCUGCUGUGCAGCUCACUGCUCAGAAGCUUCCCGAAGUUGCUUAUUGCCUGCUGCUGCCCAUUGCCUGCUGCUGCCAUUGCUUGCCGCUGCUCACUGCUCAGUCAUUUGCUGCUGCUCAUUGCUUAGGCGUUGCUGAAGUUGCUGUUGUGUUGCUCACUACUCAACAGCUUCUCGGAGUUGCUUGCUGCUGCUCAUUGCUCUGCCUUGCUGGAGUUCCUGCUGGCGCUUAUUGACUCUUUUUCUCCUUCUCCUCAACUGAGGUAUGCUUUCUCUCUUGAUCUUGAAUCUUGAAUCUUUGCUUUACUCUUUAGACUUUAAUCUUUCUCUCCUCUACUUUUUGAUUUCAUGUAUGUUUGCUUUUUUUGUAAUUUCUUUGUGUGGCAUUAUUUAGUUAGUUAGGAGUUAGGAGUUAGGAACUUAGGAACUUAGGAUUUACUGAUUUAGUACUGAGAUUCGGCUUCUUUUUUUUCUUUUUUUUUUCCUUCCGUGGCUUAUUGAAAUUUUAGAAAUGUCUACUUCUAGAAAAAGAUUCAUAGGAAGAAUGCUCCUGGAAAUAUAUUAGAUAUUGGGUG